UGACGUUUUGUUGACAUUUGUUUGUGAAAGACAAAAACAGUGGACACACACGGAGGAUGGUGUAUUUUUGGAAACCUACAAACGGGACCCCUCGGGGACAGACUUGAAGGCCACCGUGUCGCGAUCAAAACAAAGCCGGGUGUGUGUGUUUAAACUCCGGUCAAGAUUUGGACUCUGUUGUUUUUUUUUUAAUGUUUUUUUUUAAAGCAGAUCCAGAUCAGCAGAUGGACGGACCGAGUCGGGAACAAAAACAAACCGUGUCACCCCGGACUUCAGGAGAGGCUGAAUCAUUCACAGGCUAACCUGCCAGCUGUCAGUUCACUUGGGUUAUAAUAUUAUAUAUAAAGUUAACUGACAUUCAUUAGCCAACCCGCCGAUUAAUCGUGUGUAUUAAUGCCCAACCGCUGCCAAGUAUAUUACAUGUUACCAUAGCAGCGGCGGAGUUCCACAAACCGUUGUCCGUUGGGCUAGCGAGUUAGCAGGCUAACGUUAGCCGUUGCUAACGUUACCCCGGUUUGAACUGCUGAGGGGGCUAGCUCGCACAAUGUGCUGAAGGUUUCAGCUCCUGCAUUCAGUGUUUAUUAUUUUUUUAACUACUAAGUAGCUCAGUCAGUCGGGAGCGACCAUAAGAAUGUGAAGCACAAUGGCUAACUUUGAAGCUUACCAGGAGUAUCAGAGAAUCGAGGACUUUGAGGAGGACUCACCACCCGGGGAGGAGGACUUACUGGUGCAUGUGCCCGAAGGCCUGAAAGACUCAUGGCACCAUAUCAAGAACCUGGAUAACUUCUUCACAAGGAUCUAUCAUUUUCAUCAAAAAAAUGGCUUCGCUUGUAUGAUGUUGUCAGAGUUCUUUGAACUUGUUCAGUUUUUGUUUGUUGUCACAUUCACAACGUUCCUUGUCAACUGUGUGGAGUACGAUGUCUUGUUUGCCAAUCGAGCGGUGAACCACACCGGGCCGGGCCAGAACCCUUUGGACAGGAACAAGGUCACUCUUCCAGAUGCCAUCUUACCUAGCCAGCAGUGCACUCAGAGAAUUCAAGACAAUAGCUGGAUUAUAUUCCUUCUCAUCAUGGCAGCCAUCUUCUGGAUCUAUCGGCUUGUCAAAGUCUUUUGCAAUGUUCUGAGCUACUGGGAGAUCAGGCAGUUCUACAUCAAAGCACUGAAGAUCAGAAUGGACGAACUAUGCAACUUCACAUGGCAGGAAGUGCAGGGCCGGCUCAUCAGCCUGCAACGAGAACAGCAAAUGUGCAUACACAAGAAAGAGCUGACAGAGCUUGACAUCUAUCACCGCAUCCUGCGAUUCAAGAACUACAUGGUGGCUAUGAUAAACAAAUCACUGCUGCCAGUGCAGCUGCAACUCCCCCUGCUGGGCAAUGUGGUGUUCCUCACCCAGGGCCUCAAGUACAACUUUGAGCUCAUCCUCUUCUGGGGUCCCGGCUCUCUGUUUCAGAAUAAGUGGAACCUGCACCCCAAGUACAAGCGGAGUGGAAACCGCCUGGAGCUCGCACAGCAGCUCAGUAGAGUCAUCCUGCUCAUGGGUUUGGCCAACUUGCUGCUAUGUCCGUUCAUCCUGGUGUGGCAGGUGCUCUACGCUUUCUUCAGCUAUACCGAAGUGAUCCGCAGGGAACCUGGAAGCCUGGGUGCACGACGCUGGUCCCUGUGGGGUCGUCUAUACCUGCGGCAUUUCAAUGAGCUGAACCAUGAGCUAUACGGACGCUUAGGCCGUGGCUACAAACCCACUUCCAAAUACAUGAACUCCUUUACAUCACCACUGCUGACUGUGCUGGCAAAGAACAUUGCCUUCUUCUCAGGCUCGGUGUUGGCUGUGCUCAUCGCACUGACAGUCUAUGAUGAGGAUGUUCUGACAGUGCAGCACAUUCUUACCGCUAUCACUGUUCUGGGAGUUGUUAUUACUAUCACCAGGUCCUUCAUCCCAGAUGAGCAUAUGGUGUGGUGUCCAGAGCAGCUGCUGCAGUGCAUGCUGGCACACAUUCACUACAUGCCAGACCACUGGAGGGGCAAUGCUAACAAGAGCGAGACCCGUGACGAGGUGGCGCAGCUGUUCCAGUACAAAGCGGUGUUCAUCUUGGAGGAGUUGCUCAGCCCUAUUGUCACACCCUUCAUCCUCAUCUUCCUCCUGAGGAAUAAAUCACUAGAGAUCAUUGACUUCUUCAGGAACUUCACCGUGGAGGUGGUUGGAGUCGGAGACAUCUGUUCCUUUGCGCAGAUGGACAUCAGACGUCAUGGAAACCCAACAUGGUUGUCUGAGGGUCAGACGGAGGCCUCCAUUUACCAACAGGCUGAAAACGGCAAGACCGAGCUGUCUCUCAUGCAUUUCACCAUUAAGAACCCACGCUGGCAGCCGCCUCAGGAGAGCUCAGUGUUCAUCAGCCACUUAAAGGAAAAGGUGCAGCACGAUGCACAGGGCGGCCCCUCCACCCAAUUGCUGCUCUCUCAGGCUCCUCUCUGCACCUCACUACAGUCCAACGAGUCUGCCACUGGGACUGAUAAUCUGUUGGCCAGUGUACUGGCCCACCCCAUUCUAACUGCGUCGGGACUACAAGGGCGAGACCAUCGCUUCAUCCCACCAAGCACCACUGCUUCUGCUGCUGCCAGUGUCCUGGCCUCUCUGUCCACAUCGCAGCUUGCACAUCCCAGCCGCGGCCGCUCACAUGGCCUCCUGCCCUCAUCCGUCCACCCCGAGAGCACCAUGUACCGCAGCGAUCGCACUAUCAUUGACAGUAUGACUAACAGUGACUCUCGCAUCCGGAGCAAUACACUGCACUCAGAGUUUGCCUCGGCAGAGAUGAGUCUCCAUGCAAUCUAUCUGCAUGAGCUCCACCAGCAGAGCUCCCACCCACAGAGAGCAUCUGGGCAGUGGCAGAACCCAGUGCCAAUGAGAGAUCUGCACACAAAUACUGGUUUCCAGGCACAUAGUGGCCUCAGUUCCAGCAUUUCCAUGCCCACGCCUGUCCACCUUGGUCAAUGGCAAGAGGAGGAAGAGGAAGAAGAGGAUGAAAACGAUCAGGAGAUUAACAGUGGAUCUACUCCAAAACAGGGCGCUGGGAGUAGUUGUUGAAGUGCCUUAUGUCAUAAGGUAUAUGCUCUCUUUUAAACACAUGUCAGCGAUCUAUGUUUCGUGGUUCUUUAUCCUGUGACAUUCUUGUUUGUUGAAACUAAUAACAAAUGGCCUUUUAUCCUACAAAGGGAUACAACGCCAUGAUAAUUUCUCCUCUCUUUUUUUUUAUAGUGUUUACAUUUUUCUUUCUUCUAUGAACAUUGUGGCCUUAGAUGAUCUUCAUGGAGAAUUUAGCAUGGACCUUUUUAAAAACAUCGUUCAGCGUUUGUUGUAGGAAGGAGUCAUUGAAUAACCACUGUCUCUGCACCUCCACGCCUCAUCCUGUCACAUCAGGCAGACUAUGGCAUCAGGGAAACCAUAUGUCUUCCGUCCGUCUCAUCCUGACUUUUGUCACUGACCUGUACAGAUAAAACUGCGUGUGAAGUGACAGAGAGAUAGUGCGUGCGUUCAUAGGAUCACUGUGUGAUGGUGGGUGUGGCCAAUUUUUAUUGUGGAAUGCAAAAAGGCUCGUCGUGACUUCUGCUGAGCCUGUGUGUGUGCACAAUUCAAGCAUUUGUGCUUUUCUCACAGAGUGGUGUCUUGAUCUGUGAUCUGCAAAGACUGCAGACUGUAUUGUAGCUGCCUGAACAAUUUUAAUUUUUCACCUGGAAAGAAAAUAAUUAACUCAACCUUUCAAGUUGUGCUGUUGGAUCCCCGGUGGUGUGUAAAUAUACUUUUCCAUCUUACUUAUCCUUUUAAAGGUCCACAUUUUUACUACCAGAUCUAAUCCUUGAAAAAGAUACCAAGUAUUGCUAUGAUAAAGAACGUCUGUACAGAAGCCGUACUACUAAAACACCAUGUGUAGCUGGUGAAAACCCUAUUGGGCUUGACAAAACAUGUCUUUAAACCAGAUAUACACAUGCUUUAAUGCUGCUGCCUGUGUUUAGUAGUCCUAAAUACAGAUUUUAUUCAGUAUUAAUAUUUAGACAGCUGAUGUAUCAAGACAUUACUGUUUCUCAAAAAUAGAGCUGAAUUCAUGGGCCCCAAAUACACUUGGCGUCAAAAUCUGAUGCAGAUAUAAGAUGUCUUUUUAAGUCUAUUCAAGCUGGACAUGAAGUCAGCUUUAUGCCUUAACACCAAUAUAAAAAAAAAACAUAUGUACUUAAAUCCUGGUUUUCCAUAUUACCUCAGUGGUGGUGAAGAAAAACUAAUACUCCAACCAAUACCUCUGCAGUGUAUUUACUCUUGUGUAAAUAUAUAUACAGUACAUAAAAGUUUAUUUGCAGUGUACAGAUGCAUCUUUUAACUGCAUUUUGAUUUUAAUGGCAGGUGUAAAUGGAAUCACUUUCACUUUCUGUUCAUAUUUCUUGCCCAGCAAAUGUUUUUGAGUCCAGAGUCGAUGUCCUAAAAAUCUUUAGAACAAAACAGGGUGUAUUGCUUUUACAAAUCGUUGUUGUGCACAUUAUUUAGUUCAUGUGCUACCCUCAAAAUGCUCACAAUAAAAAUGGAACUUCCUUAUAAGGGCUGAUUUCAGAGCGUGCACUGUUUAGGUUUAGGUUUUGAAGAUUUUUAGGCAGCAGUUCCUCUCAGUGUUGGCUUUAUACUUUUCAAAAGUAAGAGCAUAAAGAGAAAAAACUGCCUUUCCACAGUCGGCAUACUUUCUUAGCUUUAGGUUUAUUUAUUUCCCGUUUCCCCAAUGAUAUUUAAUUGAUAUUUGUGUAAUAUUUAUUUGAAAAGAAAAUAUUUUGAUUGUUUUUGUCAAAUCAUUUACUUUCACAAAAGCAUAUGAUCUUGUUGAUUUAAAUAAAAAAAAUAAAAAAUAAAAAAAGGCAUGCACUCCCCCCACUGAAAGUAGUUAUAAAAAAAAUAAAAAAAUUGUGAUUCUGAAUUUCUGAGAUUUAUUAAUGAAAAGAUAAGGCCAGCAGCAUGAUGUUGAAUGUGAUUUACACUUAAAAUAAACUUGGACUAAAUCUGCUUGUUGAUGCAGUGCGUAAAAUAUCUUUCUACCCAUUUCUUUUUAUUGCAUCCUAAACAACAAUAUAGAUAUAUCAUCAUCAUCCGCGACUGCAAGACUUCAUAGGGCACACACACGUGUCUUUGCCCUCUGUGUGUUUAGGAAGUAUUACACUUUUGUUUUGUGAGCGUGUCUGUGGAAGGAAUGCGUUUUUUUUGACACCUGCGUAAUUUAUGCUAACAUGAAUUUUUGCACUGAGAGAAAAUAAAUCACUUACAACAGUUUAGAAAGGGCAGGUCUCAAAAGGGACACUGAGUCAGUCUGAGUGACCUCUUCUCAUUGUUUGUAUAUAAGCAAAGCAUCAGCACGUAUUGUAUCGUCGUUGUCCACAGCAGGCCACCUGGAAACACUGUGGCCAAAUCACAUAAGGUCACUCUUACCUCUGGUCAGUAAAUAAAAAUAAAAAAAACACCCUGUAGGGGGAUUAUGUGUUUCUGUCACACUGUUAAAUAUGCUUACAUAGAUAUUGUGGCCACUGUCCACUUGUGCAGUGAGUUUAUCAUUGUAGAGACACUGGAGCUCAGCUUUGUGCACAGAGUUGAUGUCUUUUGACAGUCUCCACAUUUACACCUCACUGUUAGGUUUGUCAUUUUUUAUUUUAUUUUCAGCAGUGCCUUAGUAUUAAGGUUUAGUAUUUGCUCUGUAUAGAAGCCAUUCUCGUGUAAACUAUUGGAUUUACUUUCACAGAGUUAGCAGCACAUACUAUGUACAGUAUUUUAUUUGGCAAGUCAUUGUGUCUAGCAUCAAGUAUGUAGUGAAGUUGUGGAUGUAGCUUGGAAGUUGCAGACUGAUCUUGUGUCAGUCCGUUGCAUCUGACGGCACACUCUUUCUUAUCAUGGUGUCUAAAAUUGCACUGUCCUCGAUGUCCUACAGAAGCAGGAGUAUGCCUUGUAAUUGGCAGUGUCAUCAUGGCCAACCUUCUCACCAUACUAUGGUUUGUUAUCCACUAUACACCAGUCUAAGAAUCACAGUGACUGGAACAAGGUGCUAAGUUUUCAUCCUGAAAUGUUGACUAUGUUUUAAGACAUUUUUUUUGUUUUGUUACAUAGGUUUGUCUGUCUGUUUUUUUUUUUGUUUGUUUGUUUUUGUUUGUUUGUUUUUUGUUCUGUAAAUUAAGAAACACUAGCUGAAAAAUGAAACAUGCCAAAAGAACUUUUUCGGCACAGCUUUACAAUACAUGUGUUGUUUUCUGUGAGUGAGUAGAGAGGCAAAUAAAUCUUAUUUUGAGUGUAUUUA